UUUCAUAAUUAUAUGUAAGAAGCGGCUUCUAUAAUUUGUUUCAAUUUUUUUUCAACCGAUUCGCGAUUGUGCAAAGACGAGAAAAUCAGAUGCACUGAUUAAAUUCUCGACGAAAAUGGACAACGUCUCUGUCUCGAAGGGGGUUUUUGCCUUCCAAGGAAGCUAUAGAAUUGGACGUGGGAAGAAGAGACCUGAAAGAGCACAGAUGUUUAACGAAUCGUGGUACGUUGCCUAUAAGCAAGUUUGGUCAACUAUCGAAAAGGCUACUCAGAAAAUAAAUUCCGACAUUUUCGCAAGAAUCUUGGAAGAUUUGAAGUCAUACGUCUCGUCGAUAAACUACGAUACUCUGUCCGGUGAAAUACCCACAGCAAUUUUACUGACUGGUGUCAAUUUACCCGAUCAUGGGGCGCUUUUUCAAAUGCUGGCCAAAAAGUUCCAAGACAUUACCUCACACAUAGCGAUUAUACAGCAGAGAGACUCGUACAGCUUAAAAAAUAUGAUGGAAGAAACAGUCCGUCAGCUAAUUAAUAAUUCCAGGAAUAACGGCACAGAGAUACAGAAAAAUCAUUGCACCUCAAGUGUGCUGAACGCCUGGUAUCAGGAACAAGGUUCAAACAAACCUUUGCUCAUAAUCAUUCCAGAUUUCGAAAGUUUCUCUGCUGAAAUUUUGCAAAACUUCAUUCUAAUACUCAGCGUUUACUCGAAAACAAUCAAAUUUGUUUUAAUUUUUGGAGUAGCGACGGCGGUUCACGCUGCUCACAGAUCGUUGCCGCACCACGUCACGUCGAAACUGCGAGUUCAGGUUUUCCAAGCUCCGUCGCAAGUGAAAAGCCUCUCCGGGGUUUUAGACGGGACGGUUCUUUCCACGGAAACCCCGUUUAAAUUAACCGGACGCGCUUUCCAGUUACUCACCGAUAUAUUUUUGUUUUACGAUUUUUCCAUCAACGGUUUCCUGCAAGGCUACAAGCUGUGUAUGUUUCACCAUUUUUAUGGAAAGAAUGUCAAUUCUUUGUGCUGCAACGGCGAGAAUGUUAGAUCGAGAAUAUCUGAGUUAAGCAGCGAAGAUCUAGAUGAGAUAAGAAAACUAAAAUCGAUUGCUGAAUACGUCCGAGAAUUGCCGGCGACAAAACGUGACUCCCUAAACGACGAAGGGUUCAAGGAAUUACUGUCUACCUUAAUAAAUCAGGUUCACACCUUCACUCGCACCUUUCAAAUUACCCUAAAAUGUUUGCAUCACUUCACGUCGGAUCUACCUAACGCGCCUUUGGGUAAACAACUACGAGAAGUAUACGCGAAGGCUGUGAGCUGCGCCAUAACCGAAUCCCAAGAGUACAAGGAGUGCUUGCAAUACCUGGGUUUCAUAUCGAAAGAAGAACUUCUAACGAAACUUGAUACGAUGAAAAAUAUCAUCGAAAUCUCUGUCGAGGGGAAAUUAUUGGCGGAUGUUAAACGUGAUCUGGAAAAACACAGAGAAGCCAUCAGCCAUGCGAGCCCCGAAAUAAGGAGAGAAAACACGGAGAUCGUAGACGAGGGUGAAAAAUUGAAUCGGGCCCAGCUCAAAGAGAAGCUGCUGAAGAUGUCCAAGAAACACUCAAUCUCGCCUUACAAACAGGCUCAAACGGAUGUGAUAAAUUACCUCGAUCAAAAAGUUUUUUCCAUCCAUCUGAAGAAUCCCGCACUUUUGCCGGGUAGUGAAAUAUUCUUUUUCAACGACGGUAGCGCCGUGAAACAUCACAUUGUUGGAUCGCCACGGGCCGCCAUUCACACUGGUUUGAAUAAUCCGCAAGCUUACUUGGACUGUUCUUGCUGCGCUGUGACUACCGAGCAGCCGAUUGUUGCGACGAUGCCGGAUUUGAGCAUCAUUUACAAACUUCAUUUGGAAGGCAGAAGGUUGAUUAACAUGUACGACUGGCUCCAGUCUUUCCUAUCAAUCGUGUGCCCAGAUCAGUCAGGUGAAGAACGGCGAGAAGUGGAUCCUGAACUGCAAGCUCGAUUCACACGGGCAGUAGCUGAGCUACAGUUUCUUGGAUUCAUCAAAACGUCGAGGAAAAAGACUGACCACGUAAUGCGACUUACUUGGGGUUGUAGUUAAUUGUAAUAACUGAAUUAUUGUUUGUUUCAUGUUUUACUCCGCUUUUUGUAAUAAUAAAAAUAAAAUCUCUGAAG